CAUGGCUUCAAAAUUCUUCUAUUCGUGAUAAUGUUCUUUUUGGUCUUCCUUACAAUGAAAGUCGAUAUAAUCAAGUUAUAAAAGUAUGUGCUCUGGAAAAAGAUUUUCAAAUAUUUGAAGAUGGAGAUAUGACAGAGAUUGGUGAGAAAGGAAUUACACUAAGUGGUGGUCAGAAGAUGCGUGUCGCUUUAGCAAGAGCCGUUUAUUCGCGAGCAAAACAUAUAUACAUAGAUGACGUUUUCAGUGCUGUUGACGCACAUACUGCUCAGCAAUUGAUGAGUAAAUGUCUAUUAGGUCCUAUUAUGGAGGGACGUACUCGAAUUCUUGUAACGCAUCAUAUCAGACUCUGUUUGGCUGAUGCCACUUAUUUGGUUGCAGUCGAUAAUGGAAAAAUUGUCAUGUCUGGUGUGGUUUCAGAAUUACGUAAUUUAGGAAUAUUGACUUCGAUCCUUGAUGAAAAUGAUAUUCAAUCAGAAUUAGUAAAUUCCGUUGAAUUGGCCACAGAAAAUACUACUUUUGAUGCAACUCUCGUCGAUAAUGUUGCGCAGGUGGAUGAUUCAAACCCGGUAAAAAAAGUUUCCAAACCAAAAGUUCUUAUCGAAGAAGAAGCACGACAAACUGGAAUGGUUAAGUUUAAGAUUUACAAGUCAUAUUUUCGUGCAAAUGGAAAUAUACUUUAUUGGUUGAUUGUUGCAGUAAUCUUCAUUGGAUCCAGAGGAAUACAGAUAAUGGAAAGUUGGUGGCUUCAAGUUUGGUCAAAUACCAAUAAGAAUAACGAGACAAUUACGAUUUUCAAUUUGGUUCAACAAGAUAAUUUAAUUAUGAUUGAUGGAAUAUUCGACGAUAUUUACAAACCACAUAGCGUUGAUUUUUAUUUGAAUAUAUACGUGUUAAUUACAUCCUUAUCUAUUAUCACUGGUGUUUUGCGUCUUGCUUGGCUUUAUUACGGAUCAUUGAGAGCGUCUAAAAAACUUUAUCAAACACUACUUCAUCAAGUUAUUCGUGCUCCAUUAAGAUUUUUUGAUACGACCCCAGUUGGAAGAAUUCUUAAUAGGUUCAGUAAAGAUUUUGAAACAAUUGAUAGCAUUUUAACAGGUAUUAUUUACACAAUUGUUGGUAUACUAUACGCGAAGGCAUCUCGGGAGCUCAAAAGGAUGGAUUCUGUGUCAAGAUCCCCACUAUUUUCUCAUUUCACUGAAACUUUAAUUGGCAUAACAACAAUUAGAGCUUUCGGCGCAUCGAAGCGGUUUAUGCAAGAUAUGUUAUUAAAAAUAGAAAACAAUAAUCGUCCAUUCUUUUAUAUGUGGUUAACAAAUCGCUGGCUUUCAAUCCGUUUCGGUAUUGCUAGUUCAUUCGUUUCAUUUUUAGCUGGAAUUUUCAUUUUAUGGAAUCUUGACCAAAUUGAUGCUGGUUUGGCUGGUUUGUCUUUGUCAUUUGCAAUGGAUUUCACACAGCAAAUAAUGUGGACUGUUAGAAGAUAUACUUCACUUGAAAUGAGUUUUAAUGCUGUUGAAAGAGUAAGCGAGCUUUCUGAAAUUCCUCAAGAAGCUCCAGCUAUAAUUGAACCAAGACCACCUGCUUGUUGGCCACAUAGUGGCGCAAUCACGGUACAAAACCUGGAAGUUAAAUAUGCUCCUGAUUUAGAGCCGGUACUGCAUCACAUUUCAUUCAAUGUAGAAGGUCAAGAAAAAAUAGGAAUUGUUGGACGCACUGGGUCUGGAAAGUCAACAAUGGCAUUGACUUUGUUUCGGUUCGUGGAACCAUCGGACGGAAGAAUUUUAGUUGAUGAAAUUGAUAUUUCAUCGAUCGGUGUCGAAGAUCUUCGGUCAAGAAUAACUAUCAUUCCACAGGAUCCUAUACUGUUUACAGGUACAAUACGGUCAAACCUUGAUGCAUUUUCUCAAUAUGAGGAUAGUGAAAUAUUGGAAUCUCUUCGACGUGUUCACUUAAUUCCUUCUGUAGAGGAUGUAGAAGCUAUCUCAUUUUCAGAGGAUAAUAUCAAUUUAUUUAAAAAUUUAGAUACACCUGUAAGGGAAGGCGGAAAAAAUUUUAGCCAAGGUCAGAGACAAUUAUUAUGUCUGGCUCGAGCUUUAUUAAAAAGUUCAAAAAUUAUAUUGAUGGAUGAAGCCACUGCAAGCAUUGAUUUUGCCAUGGAUGAAAAGAUUCAAAAAAUGAUAAGGACUGAAUUUGCUGACU